AUGCUCCCAGCGUCGUAUCAUCCACCCCCUUCACCAGAGUUAGAAACGCGUUACAGAAUCAAGCACCCAUGUAUGAUGUACCUCAUCCUCCCCCAGGCCCCGACUUCUCUCUCGAGUCCUCUCCAUCUCACUCUCACCCGAAACCAAAAAGCGGUCCACCAGCUUCAUGACGUCCGACACAUCAUCCACAGCGCAACACUUCACUCAUCCCCCACCGUCCGCCCCCCGCCCCCGGCGCACACCCCCGGGCUCCAUUCCCGCCGUCCUCACCACCCUCACACGGCGACGGACGACCCGUGGCAGUGCCGUCCCGGGUGUGCCGCAAGACCCUUCCUUUAUUCACCUUUCCCAUCCCACAUUCCUCCAAAUGCCGCAUUCAUCCACUCUAAAACUUGGCAUCCCUUCAUUCCCCUGGUAUCCGCAUUCCUUCCCCCUUCCUUCGUACCUGAAUCCUCACGCGAGCGGAAAAGCCACUCCCGUCAUCUGGGCCUCUCUCACCCAUCACAUUCUCUUCUCUCAUUACCAUCUUACAAUGAAAACCCCGGUAUGCGUACUUCGUGUGUCCAUAUCCCACUUCCAACCUAUGGUACCCCUCCUCGCCGAAUGAAAUUAGCUCCCACUUAUGGAAUGGACCCCUUAUGGAUGAUGGGGUCGCCUUUCCGACUUUUGUUUCGCAGUUUCUCGGGCAGGGGUGUUAGCCCUGGUAAAGGAAAGAGUGAAACGCCGUUUGCGAGCAAACCCCCCUACCACUACAACCCAAAGCCUCAAGUGUAA